AUGCUUGUUUGUGGCGAGAGGGGGGCUACCAUCACAUGCGUAGAGAGGAGCUGUGAACGAAGCUUCCAUUUGCCCUGCGCCACGGACGGGGAAUGUGUCACCCACUUUUUUGGGAACCACUGGACCUUCUGUUGGGAGCACCGCCCUCAGCAGGACACUCACGAAGCUCCACCAGAAGGCACCAACUGCCUCAUCUGCCUUGAGCCUGUGGAGGACAGCUUGUCCUAUCACACCCUGGUGUGCCCAGCGUGCCAACAUGCCUGGUUCCACCGGGGCUGCAUCCAGCAACAGGCCGUGAGUGCUGGCGCUUUGUGGUUCCACUGUGCCGCUUGUCGAGACAACAUCCUGUUCUUUGCAGAAAUGGCCAUUCUGGGGAUCCAAAUCCCAUACAGGUUGGUGUCCUUCUGCCCAGUUCGGCUGACAGUAAGGCUGUCGUGCAGAGCCUGCCCAGGGACAGCCUUGGCAGGCCUGGCCCUUGGAUGUUCUAUGAGCACGUGCCCUAGCUUCACAGAGAACCUGGAAGUAGAGUUGGGGUGGAUAUGUUUGGAUAACCUUGGAUCUUAU